AUGGAGUCAUUAACAAAGGCUCAGGGUGUUCCUGUUUCUGCAGCACAGGCGUCUCCAAGGCCUUCUUUGCUUUCAAGCUCAUCAGGUUCUUCUUCUUUUCCUAUAAGGGCUCCUCUUACUGUUGAUUCUGAUAGUGAUGUUGGUAGUUAUGGUAGUGAUAAUGGGUUUGAGUCUGAUGGGGUUUUAGGUGAUGAGGUUAGGUUUGAUAGUGUUGUUGAAAAGACUGUUGUUGAAAAGACUGUUGUUGUGGCAAGUUUAGAUGAUGGGAAUGGUGGAGAUGAGGAGGCUGAUGUUUCGAGGCCUUUUGGGGCAAACCCGAAUGAAGAAAUUAGUGAAGAGGGUGUUGGUAAUGGUGAUGUGGAGAAAUUGGUUGUUUUGGAACCUUUUGGGGCAAACCCUGAUGGAAAAUUUAGUGAAGAGAGUGUUGGUGAUAGAAAUGCGGAGAAAAUUGUUGUUUCGGAACCUUUUGAGACACGCCCAGAUGGAGAAUUUAGUGAAGAGAGUGUUGGUAGUAGUAAUGUGGAGAAAAAAACUGUUGUUCAGUCUUUUGUGGUAUCCCCAAUUGAAAAAGGUACUGAAGAGAAAGAGAGUAGUAGUGGGAGCACUAGCAGUGGGGGGAAUAAAGGUAUUUUUGGCCUUUCUCUGUCGAUUCCAGAUAGAAUAAUUACUAUGAAGAGGGUUGUUUCUAGGCGCUUUUUAGGGGUGAAUGGUGAAAGUUUGGCGAGUCCACUAGUAGAAGAUGAGGGCGGUAAGAAUAUUGGUGGUGAAGUUAAAACUGUAGAUGAUAAGAUAUUGUCAGUGGCAAGCCCGAAUAUCCUGCCUAUUGCAACAACUCCGCUGGUAAAAGAAGAGGAUGGUAAGGUUGUUGGAGGAGACGAGGAGUCUGUUGUUUUUAGACCUUCUCCAACACAAUCAAAUGAAAAAUUAAGUGAAGAGAAAGAGAGUAGUAGUGGCAGUAGUAAUGUGGAGAAAAAAGUUGUUUCCGGGACUUAUUUGUCGAUUCCGGAUAAAAUUGUUGCACUGAACAGGGUUGUUUCUAGGCGUUCUUUAGCCGUAAGUAGUGAAAGUUUGGCUAGUCCACUUGUGGAAGAAGAGGAUGUAAAGGAUGACAGUGGUGAAAGUAAAUUUAGAGAUGAUGUAAUUUCAUCACUGCCAAGCCCUAUAACGCCCGUUGCUAAGUUAUCUGGAGACAGUGAUGAAGAUUCAGUUGGGAGUGUGUUUGAAGAAGAUGGGUUUUCUGGUGUGGCUAGGAUUUCAGUUCUUGAGACUUUAGAGAAGCUUAGCGUCGCAAAGGAUCAAGUCUUGGGAGUUGGAGAUGGAGAUGUCGAGGAAGACAAGUUACAGUUCAAGUCUGUUUCAGAAUCUGAGGUUUUGGAGGGCUUUGUAUUGUCUGAAGAUCUGAAUCGGGUAUUGGCUGGCAAUGAGGAUAUGAGUAUAGUUAAAAGUGACUCUCUUAAGAAUGACCACAUAGGUGAUUUGGUUAGUGAUGAGGGCCCUCAUACUGGAGGUGAUGCAAAAGCCACAUCAGUAGUGGAGAGUGAAGUAUCAUUAAUGUCAGGCAGUUCAGUAAUGGAUGGGAUUGCAAAGUAUUCAGUUGAAGAAAUUCAAGCACUUGAGAAUAUGGAACAUGUGGCUGAAUUAUAUGACACAGAUAGUAUGGAUACGAGUCAUAAUGCUUCUGUACUGUUCACUUCUACAACUGAGGGAGGAACUGCAGUUGAUAGUUUCAAGAGCAAGGGAGGUGGUCAAACUGAAGAUACUGGAAUUGAUGAGUCGAGUUCUUCAAUAUAUUUCCCUAGAGAUACCUCUUUUCUAGAAACAGACGAAGUUGCUGACUCCUUGGUUGAAUUUGAAUUUGUUGAUAUUACAGAACUGGGGCCAGAGGUUGUAAAAACUGUAGAGGAUAACAAUGUUUCUGAAACACAAGGGGAGGAAGUCCAUAAGCCAAGUGGACACUGUGAAAUAGAUGAUAGUGUUUAUAAAAAGAACGAGUACCUUAACUGUGAAAAGAAUGGUGGCCAUGUCAAUGAGAGCAAAAAUUUUAGCGUGGAAAGUAAGAGUGAUAAAGUGGAAAAUAUGAUGGAGCAAAGCACUAAUUUUUCAGAUGGUCAUCCAAAAAUGACUGAUGAACAUUUUGUUGGAUAUUCGGGCGAGGAUGCUGAUCUAGCUGAGGAAAGUGGAAGGAAAUUAGUUUUCGAUUCUGCAUCAUUUUCAGGUCUUCUGGAUGCUGCAAGAGAUUCUGAAACUGUUACCAGCACCACAAUCACAUUUCCUGAUGAUUCAGGACUUCCAUCUCUUGAGAACUCUGCUGAUCUGAACUCCAGCAUCAGGUCUACAAAAUUUACUUCUCAAACAGAAUUGGACCCUAAAAAAUUCUUGGCCGAAGAAGAAAUGAAUAAGCUUGAUGUGCAACAGAUAAAAGUGAAGUAUUUAAGACUUGUGCAGAGGCUAGGCUUGUCUGCUGAGAAUUCCGUAUCUGCUCAGGUUUUAUACUGGCUGGACCUUGCUAUAGGAAGUUCAUCCAGUCCACGAGCCGGUCAAGAAACUGCUAUGACGGAAGCCGUGGAGAUUGAAGCCAAUGAUAAAAAAGACAUCGAAUUCUCUUUGAACGUAUUGAUUAUAGGAAAAUCUGGAGUUGGGAAAAGUGCAACCAUCAACUCAAUAUUCGGCGAAGAAAAAACCGUAACUGGCCCGUUUGAAUCUGCUGCAACCGCUGUGAAAGUGAUAGUGGGGAAAGUUGAUGGGAUUAAAGUAAGGGUCUUAGACACACCUGGUCUUGGUACUUCUCUGAAAGAUCAAUCUCUAAACAAAAAAAUUUUGAAGUCCAUUGGGAGAUUCACGAAGAAAAUUCCUCCAGAUGUUGUCAUUUAUGUUGAUAGGUUGGACAUGCAAAGCCAAGACUUUAAUGAUUUGCUAUUGUUAAGGUCGAUUACCAGUUCUCUUGGUCCUUCAGUAUGGCACAAAACUAUUAUCACUCUCACCCAUGCGGCUUCUACUCCCCUAGAUGGGCCUUCCGGAGUGCCUUUAAGCUAUGAGAAGUUUGUUGCUCUACGGUCACAUGAUAUUCAGCAAUUGAUCAGUCAUGCCAUUGGUGAGCAGAAUAUGCUUAAUGCAGGUGCGGUGAAUCCAGUAUGUCUUGUUGAAAACCAGGGUUUCUGUAAAAUGAGUAGAGAUGGACAAGGUUUGCUCCCCAAUGGCGAAGCAUGGAAACCCCAAUUACUGCUUUUAUGCUACUCCGUGAAGAUUUUAUCUGAACUGACCACUUCUAGAGCUUACAAAGCAUUGGAUGGUAGCAAACUGUUUGGCUUCCUUGUUCCUUCACCACCUCUUCCCCGCAUCUUGUCUCAUGAAUAUAAAAAAUUCUCUGCCGACCCAUGUGAAGAAGCAGCUAUAUUUGAAAAAGAAUUAGUUUUGGUAGGACGGAGCACAAAAUUGGCAAUGUGUGCUGGAUUAGACAUGAAAAGCAAGGUCUCACUCAGCAUUUCCAGUUCAGAGCAGCUUCAUAUUCCUUUUGUGGUAAUACUUUCAAUUGUGAGCAAAAUCUUCAGCAAAUUGCUUUCUACUGUUGGUAAAGACUACUAA